GGACAAAGUAGAACCAAGUCAGUGGUCCUCUCUCUCUCUCUCUCUCUCUCUCUCUCUCUCACAUAUGGCUUCCAUUACCAAAGAGGUAGAGAAAGAGCUUAUCCCAUUCGUCCGUCUCUACAAGGACGGCUCAGUUGAGAGAUUAGGGAACUCUCCCUAUGUGCCUCCAUCGCCACAAGACACAGAAACUGGAGUCUCAUCAAAAGACAUCACCAUUUCACAAGACCCCUCCGUCUCUGCUCGUGUCUACCUCCCAAAACUCAACCAACCCCUCCACCAAAAGCUCACCAUCUUGAUCUACUUCCAUGGCGGAGGCUUCUGCAUCGAAUCCGCCUUCUCCUCUGAUCACCAGCGGUACCUCAACAGUUUGGUCUCUCAAGCUCAAGUAGUGGCUGUAUCAGUUGAGUAUAGACUAGCUCCUGAGCACCUUCUACCCAUUGCUUAUGAAGAUAGUUGGGCUGCUCUCCAAUGGGUUGCAUCACACUUCAUAGAUGAUAAUGUUGUCAACAAAGAGCCAUGGUUGAUCAAUCAUGGUGACUUUAACCGAGUUUUUCUUGGCGGUGAUAGUGCAGGAGCUAAUAUUGUACACAAUAUAGCCCUUCGAGCUGGGGUUGAAGGGUUGCAUGGUGGUGUUAGAAUUACAGGAGCUUUUCUUACACACCCUUUCUUCUGGGGCUUAAAGCCAGUUGGAUCAGAAUACACUGCUGAACGUGAAAAGGGACUGGCUUAUUCGAUUUGGUACCUUGUAUAUCCAUCGGCACCUGGUGGUAUAGACAAUCCAAUGAUCAAUCCGUUCAGUCCAGGAGCACCAAGCUUGGCUGGACUUGGUUGUUCUCGGUUGCUUGUGACUGUGUCUGAAAAGGAUAGGCUGAGGGAUAGGGGUAUUAUGUACUACAAUACAGUGAAAGAAAGUGAAUGGAAAGGAGAAGUAGAGUUGAUUGAAGUUGAAGGAGAGGGCCAUGCUUUUCAGAUUUUGGACUGUGGGACUGAGAAUGGUAAUAAUUUGAUCAAACGCUUGGCUUCUUUUCUCCUCAAGUAAAAUGAUCCUUCUCUGGUGGUCUUGUUAUUUGGUAUCUUUUAUAUGUAAACCCAAAUGUUAGUUCUUCAAAGUUUGAAAAUAAUUUUUACAUUUUAUAUGCAUACCCAUGUUAGGCCAUGGAUCAUUUGUACUUCGAUUGCUAAUGAAGAUUCUUAACAGAUGUUUUUAAGGAAA